CAUGGACACUCUUUCUGAAGCAAAUGGCACCUUUGCCAUCAGCCUUUUAAAGAUACUGUGUCAAGACAACCCUUCGCACAACCUGUUUUAUUCUCCUGUGAGCAUCUCCUCUGCCCUGGCCAUGGUCCUCCUGGGAGCAAGGGGAAACACUGCAGCCCAGAUGUCCCAGGUGCUUUCUUUAAACCCAGAGGAAGACGUUCAUCAGGGUUUCCAGUCACUCCUCACCGAACUGAACAAACCUGGCACCUGCUACUUGCUUAGAAUGGCCAACAGGCUCUUUGGAGAGAAAACUUGUGAAUUCCUCUCAACAUUUAAGAAAUCCUGUCUUCAGUUCUACCACGCUGAGCUGGAGCAGCUUUCCUUUGUCAAAGCUGCAGAGGAGUCCAGGAAACAUAUAAACUCUUGGAUCUCAAAAAAGACUGAAGAUAAGAUUCAGGAGUUGUUGCCGGGUAACUCAAUCGAUGCACAGACCAGGCUGGUCCUUGUCAAUGCCAUCUACUUCAAAGGAAGGUGGAACGAACAGUUCGACAAAGAAUACACAAGGGAAAUGCCUUUUAAGAUAAACCAGGAGGAGCAGAGGCCGGUGCAGAUGAUGUCCCAGGAGGCCACCUUCAGACUGGCCUACGUCCGCGAGGUGCACGCGCAGGUGCUGGAGCUGCCCUACGAGGGCGGGGAGCUGAGCAUGCUCGUGCUGCUCCCAGGCCCGGGCGUGGAGCUGGCCACGGUGGAAAAAAAUCUCACUUUUGAAAAAUUCGUAGCCUGGACGGAUCCAGACUGUAUGGAGAGUACUGAAGUUGAAGUUCUCCUUCCAAGAUUUAAUCUGCAAGAGAAUUACGAUAUGGAAUCUGUGCUUCGGCGUUUGGGAAUGGUUGAUGCCUUUCAACAGGGCAAGGCUGAUUUGUCUGCAUUGUCUGCUGAGAGAGACCUGUGUCUGUCCAAGUUUGUGCACAAGAGUUUCGUGGAGGUGAAUGAGGAAGGGACGGAGGCCGUGGCGUCUUCUGCCAUGCUGGUGGUAGAGUGCUGCAUGGAAAAUGGGCCCAGGUUCUGCGCUGACCACCCCUUCCUUUUCUUCAUCAGGCACAACAGAACCAAUAGCCUUCUGUUCUGCGGCAGGUUCUCAUCUCCAUAAGGGGUGCACUUACAGAGCACUCGAGCAUUUCCUUCUUUCAGUGUCCCCAGUCCCCUCCCUACAGCUCCAUGAGGGUGGCCCUGGAAAGCCAGUGCAAAGAUGAGGGCAGAUUCCUCAUCAUCUGAACGAUUUACUUGCCUAAUUCCACGAUGCUCCACUCAGCUCACCCCAUACUGACUACUCAUUUAUGCUGCCUAAUCAAGAUCAUGGGACAACAGAUUGUAAUGAUUCCCUGUUGUAUUUAACAUUCAGUCCAAAUCCCAUGGGAUGGCAUGCAGAGGCUCCAAAUGUAUUGCCCAUUCAUUCCACAUGCACCUCAUUCUAGUUACACACUCCUUUCUGGCCUUCACCUGACCUUCUCAAUAGCAGUACGUGCUGCUAGAUAUUACUACUAUUAUAUAGUUUUCCUGGUGCUUGGACUUUUAAAAAAGUUUCUUUAAUGCACAUUUUUAUUUUAUAAUUUUUCCAUGUUCACCAAUCACCAAGUAUGUACUAAACACUGCAUUAGGCACUGGGGGUGCAAAGCAGACAAAGUCAUGGUCCUUUGACACUUGGUCUUUAAUAUCUCUGCCCCACUUAGAUGGCUUUUGUGACAACCAGGUUGGACUAUGUAAUGUCUUUAAACUUAUCCUGUGAGCCUCUUGUAGGGAAUCUCACCUUUCUUGAUGUUAUCAUAUUUCUCUACCUCCAAUGCUAACAGUAAAAAUUUUAUUUAACUAUUAAAGUUCAUUUCAAAUGUCAUCUUCUUUGGAAACUUCUUCCUUUUCUCCAUAACCAGCUGUACAUCUUUGAACUUUCAUUGCGCACUAAGGGCACUUCUCUUAUGGUAGUUGUUUUAUUUAUUAAUCUUCUGUUUUCUUAGAUGGUCCUCCAACUAGGCCUUAAGUUCAUCAAGGGUUGGGAUGAUAUCUUACAUAUCUGUGGGUGACUUAAAGUGUGAUGAUAAGUGCUUUGAUCAUAUGAGAGCUCUGUAAUUUUCUUAAUGGCUAGAUAUCACCAACUUUAUUGUGUUUCUUUUUUAGAAAUUUUUUUUAUUGAGGUGACAGUCACGUAAUAUAAAAUUAUCUAUUUUAAAGUGUAUAAUAGUUCAGUGCAUUUUGUAUGUUAACAACAUCGUUCAACCACCACCUAUAUCUAUUUCUAAAAAAAUUUC